UCAGGAGCAGCGCUCACCCUGCCGCGACUCUUCCUCUGACACCAACGCACGCACAAAACCACCACUGCUCAUUUUUUCGGGUGAUCUUUUUCCUCCCUGAGAAGCUAGCGGAGACACGGCGUGUUAUUUAUUUAUAUCGUGUGUGAGCCUGACAAUCAGCCGCGGCGGACGAACUGCGUCUUUGCGCGGAGAGGUCGGACUUCUUUGGCUGGGGAAAACACACCAAAACACACGCGAAAAGACUCCCGUCCUGUCGCCCCCCUUUUUAUCAGUCAGUUUUUUUUCUUGCGAUUUAUUUCCUGCUGCCAAACCAGGAACCCGGGACCGAGUCCCUGCUCUGAGGAUGAAAGAAAACUAGAUUUCUGAUCGAGGCUUUAAGGUUGUUUUACUGGAUUUAUUUCGCUGUGGAGGAAAAGAGAUCCGGGAGCGGAGCGGUGCGCAAAAAGCCGUCCUUCUCUCUCCUCUCCCCCCUCUAUCUCUCCAUCUAUCAAUCUGUCUACCUAUCCUCUUCUCUCUAUCUAUCUCUCCAUUUGUUUCCAUGUUUUUAGGUCCGUGCGAUUUUGCUAAAAUGCAUCAUCAACAGCGGAUGGCAGCUUUGGGAACAGACAAGGAGCUGAGUGACUUACUGGAUUUCAGCGCGAUGCGAAACAGCGAUUUGAAAAUGUUCCCAACAUCCAUGAUGUUUUCCCCUCCCGUUAGCAGUGGAAAGAACGGGCCGACAUCCCUGGGGAGCGGACAUUUCUCCGGCUCAAAUAUGGAGGAGAGAACGAGUGCAGGGUCAUGGGCGAGUGGAAGUCGUUCUUCCAAGAGUUAUGCAGAUGGGUCUCAGUACAUGGCAUCACAUGACAGCCUCUCACCUCCGUACACCAACUCCAGGCUAACAGGUAAAACAGAGAGGAGUUCGUACUCGUAUGGCAGAGAGUCCAACCCACACUGCCACCAGUCGAUACUGGGUGGCGAGUUGGGUUUGGGGAGUCCCGGCGCGGCGUCGCCCACCAAGCCGGCCGGUCAGUACUACCAGCACUACGGCUCCAAUCCACGGAGGAGAACACUGCCUAUGGACACCAUGGAGGUUCACACAAAAAAAGUGCGGAAGGUCCCUCCUGGCUUGCCGUCCUCAGUGUACGCUCCUUCUGCCAGUACAGCCGACUACAACAGGGACUCACCGGGUUAUCCAUCCUCCAAACCUCCCAGCUCUGGCUUCCCUAGCACAUUCUUCAUGCCAGACGGUCACCACAGUGGCGAUCCCUGGAGCAGCAGUAGUGGCAGUAUGGGCCAGCAGGGUUACCACGGCAGCAUGCUGGGGGGCGGAAACUCGGCCCACGGCCCCGCCCAGAGCUCCUCCUACUGCGGGAUUCACCCUCACGACAGAUUGCAGAGCUACCCGUCACACUCGUCUGCAGAUAUCAGCUCCAGCCUUCCUCCCAUGUCUAGCUUCCACCGAGGGGGAGGGAGUGGGGGCGGGGGCAAUCACUACAGCACCGCCUCUUGCACCGCCCCCACCAACGGCACAGACAGCAUCAUGGCUAACCGAGCACAGAGCGCAGCAGCCAGCAGCUCUCAAACAGGAGACGCCUUAGGGAAAGCACUCGCAUCCAUCUACUCUCCGGACCACACGAACAACAGCUUCUCGUCCAAUCCCUCCACUCCAGUAGGCUCCCCGCCCUCCCUCACAGCUGCCAGUUCAGCUGUCUGGUCGAGGAACGGCGGACAGGGAGCGUCAUCGCCAAACUAUGAGGCUCCACUGCACUCUCUGCAAAGUCGUAUAGAGGACCGCCUGGAGCGUUUGGAUGACGCCAUCCACGUACUGCGGAGCCACGCGGUGGGACCAUCAACGGCAAUGACCAGCGGGCACGGGGACAUGCACAGCCUCAUCGGGGCCGCACAUUCGCACAACGGCGCUAUGGGCGCUCUGGGCAGUGGGUAUGGGACAGGACUGCUGUCGGCCAACAGACACUCCCUCAUGGUGGCCUCUCACAGAGAAGACGGCAGCAGCGUGGGCAGUUUGCGUGGGGGGCAUUCAAUGGCGGGUCAGGUGCCAGGGCCUCAGCUCCCCGUUCAGUCGGCCACCUCGCCGGACCUCAGUCAGCCCGACCCGUACCGCGCCCUGUCCGGAGGCCUUCAGGGCCAGAGCACCUCCUCCGUCAGCUCGGAGAUCAAGUCUGAGGACGAGGGGGACGAGAACCUCCUGCAGGACACAAAACCCCUGGACUCCAAGAAGGAGGAUCCCGACAGCAAGGACCUCAAAGCUCUUGAUAGGUCAAGAUCUAGCAACAACGACGACGAGGACCUGUCUCCGGAGCAGAAGAUGGAGAGAGAGAGGGAACGGAGGAUGGCCAACAACGCACGGGAGCGUCUGCGCGUCCGUGACAUCAACGAGGCAUUCAAGGAGCUGGGCAGGAUGGUCCAGCUGCACCUGAAGAGCGAUAAACCUCAGACCAAGUUACUGAUCCUGCACCAGGCCGUGGCUGUCAUCCUCAGUCUGGAGCAACAAGUCCGAGAGCGAAACCUGAACCCCAAGGCGGCCUGUCUGAAGCGUCGUGAGGAGGAGAAGGUCACCGUGACAUCGGACGGAGCUCCCCUUUCAUUGGCCGCCGUGCACCACGCCGCCGCUGCCAUGGGCGACGGGUCAAACCCCUUGGGACAAAUGUCUAAGGUGCCAGAGUUCAUCAAGAUGAUGAGUGACCACUUCCUCUGACGACAUUUCCAUGACAACCCAGCAAUCGAUCAAACCUGUUGUUGCUUCAGCCUGACCAAUCAGAUUCUCUGGAACUUCAGCUUGACCAAUCAGAUCAGCCUCUUUCUCUCCUCUUGUCUGUCGUCUCUGAUCCUCCUCCUCACCUUCGUCUCCGCUCUGUCGAGGACAUGAACUGCAGAGUCACAUUAGUUGCUUUCGUCACUUUACAUCUCCAGCUGAAGUGAACUGGAAGCUACUUUGUGGAGACGUUAAAACAGCCACUGUAACAUGGCUGCUACAGGGUGGCAGUUUGUGGGAGCUUUUGACACAAAGUGACGGCAAUGGGCAAAAGUCUUUGGUAUCACAUUAUCCAAUAAAUUCUACUUCUUGUACUACUUGUUUUAUCAGCAUUCCCAGUUUUGAAGAACAAAAGGGAGAUAUAUAUAUACAUAUAUAUAUAUCUCCCUUUUGUCACCUUGUUAAAAAAGUGCUACUGGAUGUGGGCAAUGAUGGGUUGGGGAGUUGUUCAGAACGCAGCAAAACAUAUCAUAAAGUGUUUAAAGAGAUUUUUUUUAAGCAACAUUGCGCAGCUGUUGUUGAAUGCAGCUUCAGCGCGUCUCUGACUGAAUGGCAAUCUUACGCCACACUGUGGAUGAAGCUGUGCCUGAUCUCCUCUUGGAUGCAAACCUGUCAGAUAGAUACACAUGUAGAAGCAAAGCAAAUAAAUCUAAAAACAAAAGGAAUCAUCACUAAAAAACAAGUUUCUUCUCAUACAUCCUCUCAUAAACCCCACAUUUUCACAGAUUAAAGAAUAAAUGAACAUGCUAUUAGGUAUAUGUUGUGACCCUACUGCUUUCCGGAGGUGCUUGAUAUGCCGAGUGAUCUGAACGAAAUUGAGUUUGCUACGCUUUUUGACUAUCAUAGAUGCCUAGAAAGGAGUGGGGAUAAACAAGAAAAACGGGGGAAACUCGUACUUCCCCUUCUAAUGCAUUCCUUCAUAACUGCAAACAUUUACAGUAGAUUGUCAGUGUAAAAAUAAAUCUAAAUAUGUUUAUGUAUUUUAUUAGUGUUUUAUGCUAAUAGCCACGAUAGCCACGUUUGUUGACUUUGUUAACAGCAACAAAACUGUACACACUGCUAAUGUUUUUGUGUGAAGACAAAUACAAAUGGACAGUUGUACCCAAAAUGGCCUGUGUGUAUCUACUGAUGGGAAAAGAAUACCUAGAGAAUCAAUCGUUGAAUUAGUUAUUCAAUCAAUCAGUGAGUGUCUCCAGAGGGACUGAGGUGUUUAAAGCAUCGAAGGUAGAGGAAUUAAAGAAGAAAGACAGCUGUAGUGUACUUCUAAACAUGGCAGGAAGGACAGACUAUUCUUGACUAUUCUUCAUUUGAGAUUGUUUUUGUGGGUUUGUAAAUGACGACAGAAAGGAGGAGCUCUAGCAAACUUCCCAAAUCAGAGUCAGUGUCAGAUAUUCAUCAGCAUAGGCAAAACAGGCAGAUUUUGAAAUGGUUUGCCGAAAUUGAAGGAUUACUGGGCAGAUGGUUGAGAGGACUGACGAUAGCAAAUGAUAGUGGAUGGAUGAAUGGGUGGAUGAGAGGGCAGAGGGCUGGACUGAGCACUGAAGUAAAUUCAUUUUCACAUUCAGCACAUUCCCUGAACCCCAAUCACUCUACUCGAAUCGAGUGCUCCCGAUUUCCUGAAGAAAAACUAUGAGAGUUUCUGAAGUCAUGGAAGGGUAAGGAGAAAAGAAAAGACUGAAGUGGGCCAACCUCCUGAGCAGCUAGCGAGCAGGAUAAACAGAGAAUCCAGAGGUCUAAAUGACAAUGCAGGGGAAGCAAGGGAACAUUUAUCAGAGUGAGGGGUAUAUAAUUUUCUUAAGGACCAAGCUGCAGUGGUCAAAGCAUUCCUGUGUUGGAUUCAUUAGAUAUCCUUCAUUUUCUCAUUUCAUAUCUGGCUUACCCCAACCUUAGACUUCUUUCCUGAGUACCAAACUUGGGGGACUUUCUGAUUGACAUUUGCUGUCUAAAAAAAUAACAGACAAGUUUAUUGUUGUUGAGGUGUCUUUUGCUCGGACCAUUAUUUGCCUCAGAUUUUAUUGUCCUUGCAAUCCUUUGCUUGGUAUAGAGAUUAGUCAGGAAUUCUGCAGUCCCAGUGGUAUUCCUGUUAUAGCAGAGUAGUGUCUGUACUGGUUGGGACAGGAAAACCAAACAGUAGUAGAGAGGAAAUUGUUUUAAAUGCGGCCCACUAUCCGGGAACAGUCACGUUGUGACCCAAUGCAACUUUUCCCAGGUAGCUAUAUGAGCUACGGUUGCAGCUGAGUGAAGUCAUAAUUUCGGUUAUUGUGCUAGAGGACCAAAUGUGAGUAGACUGUGACUCAUAUACUGUAUGACUGCCAGACAACGCUAGUUUCCGAUUUUGGCUGAUUUGGCCUUAGCAUCAGCUGCAGCACUGAGAUGCUUUGGGCCAGUGUUAGCAACCAGAAUAAAAUCUGUCUAUUCUUGUGUCAUGAGUUAUGAGUCUGGUAUGAGUCCAGUAACCAGGUAUGCCUGACGUAGAGCCCAGAAAUUUUGAAUAAUAUACAUGUAAUCAAAACAUUUGUUAAAAUAGGUAUAUUUGAAUCAGUUGAAACCAGAUCAGUCACCUGGGGGUGGUCCAAUCCCGGAGCCUAACCACUAAUACAAUACAUUACUUAAGAAUUUCAAAGAGUUGCCUCUUGUACUUACACUUGGCCAGGUUUCUUGGCUAGAAGUUCUGGAGAAGUCAACAUUGAUUUGGGAGUGAUACAGGAUUGGGAAAGAAAAUUACGAAAAGGAUCUGGACAGGGUUGGACUGGCAGUGACAAAAGUCAUGACCCUGAUCAGGUGAUAGUGGGAAUAAAAUAAAUCAGAACGGGCCAGGUCAGGAAGGAAACUUAAAUUUGUAUUGCAUUGUUAUGCAUCACGGUCUACUAUCUGGAUAUUCAAACCCUAACCUUACCACUAACCCUAACAGAUGAAGGUAAUAAGACUAUCUCGAGGAGCAUCCACUGUUUAAUGGUGUCAAUCUGAAAGUCUCCUUUUACUCGUGCCCAAGUUUGAACCAUCCUCAGGCCUAUGUUUAAUCCCCAGUUCCAGUGCUGUCUUCUCUGCUGACCCUAGCCUUAUGAGCCCUAAACCAGAGCCCUAGCCCUUCUACCCAGCCUCAUGCCCCACCUAAGCAGUCCCACAGAUGCAAUUUGAACAUUCACACUUCUACCAAUGUGCCUUUUUAGAGUUCAUAUCAUUCAAGUUGCCAGAGGAGGACAUUUACCUGGUCUUUUAAUAGGAUGCAAGCUUAGGGAAACCUGUUCUUAGUCGUUAGGUUCUAUGCAGUCAGGUUUUUUACCAGACCUGGGAAUUUAAAAAAAGCUAAAAAGGAAAAAAAAGUAUUUUUUGGAUAAAAAAAACGAAACUGUAUUUAAUGUACUGUACGCUUAUAUGUAAGUAGACAGCGUGUUCUGGCUUCGAUCCAAUGAGACAGACGCUUGAUUUAGCAAAACGAAUCCCCGUACCCGUCCUUUUCGUCGCCCCAAGUCCUCCUUAACCCCCGAACCCUUCCUGUUCCAAGCCCCAGCCCUGUUUUCAUGGUGAACAACGCGUCUCUUCUUGUAUUAUAGCUUAUCAGCUUUUUAUCAAUAUUUGAUCGGCUUGUCCAUAAGCCAAUGUAGUCUUCAGUACAAAGUGUGUGGUUGUAUGUUGUAAAACAGAUUUUCUUUUUUUCUCUUUUUUAAGAAGAAUCUUUUCUCUUAUUACUUUUUCUUUGUCUGUUCUGGUUUACAUGUCUAUUAUAGAAAAUGUAAAAAAACAAAACAAAAACAAAUACAAAAAAACAACACAAUUCUCUAUCUGACAGCAUUGUUCUCUGUCGGUAGUCAUUUUGACACAGUUAAAAUCCUACCCAAUCAACAGGAUGGCACGGAAACUGGAAAAGAAUCUAUUUGAAUAAAUCAAUCUAUAUAUAAAUGUACAAAAAAUAUAUACGAUAUAUAAGGAGGGUGCCAUUUUCUGUUAUUUUUUUAUUUUCUGUUGCAAAGGAGUGUUUGCUUGGGGAGGAGUUAUUUUCUCUAAGACUGAACUGGCAGAAGUUGGCGAGGCCCCUCAGUGUUAUAAAUUUUCAACUGACUUUGUUGUUAUCUCUGUUGUUGCCACAACGCCCUCUGACUAGUACGACACCCUGCGCAGGACAAAAUGGGACCGGAGUUCCAUCAGCUCUAUUCACUGCUAUCUAUCCAAGGCAACAACACACAGACGUUUGUAAAUUGUAUGCAACAAAAUGGCAAACUUUACCAUUAUUUUGAAAUUGUGUAUGUAAAAGUUAUAUUUUUACAUGUAGACUGUUGUUAUUUUGUGUUUUAGGACUAUGUUGUAUCGGUUUUUUUGUUAAAAGAUGAAAAAGUAAAAUUCAGUAUGUGUUGAAAAAAAUGUGUCACAUUGAAAAUGUAGUGAGGUCAAAAGUUCUGAAUCAUUUCUUUUUUUCAACAUUAUGUUUAUAUCUGUGGGGAACAUUUUUGAUGGUUCAUGGAAGGAAUCAGAAAUCAUAAAAGAUAUAAGAUAUUUGUUUAUUUCUCCAUUCCUCAUUACAUUGCCAUUUUUAAUUGUAUUUUUUGUAAAUACUCAUAAAACGUUUUCUGUGGGGUUUCUGUAUGGUGAGGACUUGCCAGUGAGAGGUGAUGAUGAUGAACUUGUAUUGAUUUUUAGUAUGGUUGUAUUUGUCCGAUUACGGUAGCCAGGUGCCAACUUUUAGUCAGUCAGUGGUGCUCUGUACUGUAUGUGGUUUUGGUUACCAACCAUCUGAAGUGUAAGUCAAAUUAUUAGCUUUGCUUAAACAAAGAAUCACUCGUGUCAGAGCUGGCAUGAGCCAUUUUAUGCACCAUUUCAAGAAUUAGUUUUGACUUUGAUUUUCAAAAAAAAAUAACCUAGUGAAACUGGUAAAACUAAUACCCACUCUGUAACAUGCUAUUAGUAGUGAAAGUGCGAAUGCAAAAAUUCAUAAAAACACAUGAUGUCAUAACUCAGAAAUUGUUAUGUACAUGCAAAAUUUAUUUUGAUAAUCCCAAAUUUUUCCUAUUAUAAAGCUGUUGUAAUAAUUGUUAUAGACAACGUUUUUGUGAAAACACCUUUUCAGAAAAUGUUAUAAGGGGGUUUAACAAAUUCAAAGAUUUUAUGUUUAAUUAAAAUUAUGACAAAAACGUAACUUAGGUACUCAAAUUAACUUUGGUUCCACCUGGUGGCUUUGGGCCGGCUCUGACUCCUGUGCAUUUAUUUUCUUCAAGGUGGGUUGUAAAUGUUGAUUAAAUGAAAGACCCUCAGCACCUGAUUCAAGUUUAAUAUAUGAAAAUUUUGUUUGGAGAUUGGAGUGUUGCUAAUAUAAAAAAGCAGGUUAUCUGCAAACAAUCUUAUCAGCUAUUUGGCCAAAAAGAUAUCAGAUCAUGUGCAAGACAGUUUCAGUCAUUUGUUUUUAGUGUUUACCAUUAAAAUUGAGCUUUUUAUAAACAGGAAAAGCUGCUUUGAAUCGGACCUAGGUUAAACACUAGGAUUGAAUCUGUCGGUGUAAAUGCUAAAUGUAUUUUUUACGUAAUGUUAUUUUUGCAGUGCUUCAUUUCAUAUUUUCUUUGAUGUAUAACCAAGUCAUCUCCCGAACAGUAUCAUUUUUAUGUUACCCUGAUGUUUCUAAUAGCCAAAAUGUUUUUCUUUUCCCUCCUUCCCUUGUUGUACAUACACACCUCAUUUCUCUUUUUUCAGUGACUGUGCCAUGAGCUUUGUAAUCUGUUACUCUGUACCAGUUUUACUGCAAUAAUGAGUUGAAUUCAAAAUGGCCACUCCUGUCCUUUCUUUACCCAGCAAUGUCAGAAACAGGAAACAUUUCUCUCUUUUCUCAUGAUAGCUGACCCCAUUUAAUUAACAAAUACACUUGUAUACUGCAUACAUGAGCACUAACCAACAUCAGUAGCACAACAAAUCUGAAAUUUGGUACAUUUAUAUAAUGCUGAUUUUAAUUUGUAUUUUUUCCAUACAAAAAAAAUUGAAAGACAAUUUAAACGUUUUAUACAAAUGACCAUAUGGAUGUUAACAUGGCACUUCUCUUGCAGAAAAUUACUAUAAUUCCUGUGAAAGAAAAUGACAAAAUGAACAAUCAAAGCAGCCUGUUUUCAUGUCUUGCUUCUAUAUAACAACAAGUACAAAUGUCCACUGCCAGAAGAAAAAACUAUUUAAAACUCCUGCCAGUAUUUUAAAUUUCUUCUUGCUGAGUAUUUAAUUGAAGGCAUUGAAUAUUUUUUCCAGUUUGAUGUCCAUAAAUCACCAGAAAUUAUUUAAACUGCAAAAAAAAAAGCAUAUGUCUUACUUUCUUGGAAAAGAAGUUUAUUAAACCACCCCAGUAUUUUAGUUUGUAUGAAGUUGUGCUGACAAAAGUGAGUUCACAAUUGAGGUAGUUAAAGAACCCAAAGGGAGCUGUGAGAUGUAAAGAAAAUAACAGAAAUAAAGCUUUUGACAAAAAGAUUUUGUCAUUUUUGAGAGAUAUGAAAUUUCACAAACCAUGUGUGAUUAGUGUUCAUGAAAGUUAGUGAUGAUAGUUUUUCAAUUGGUUGUUCCUACCAAACAGUCUCACCCAGAGUCAGUUUAGAAGAUGCAUAUCAUUUUCAUCUCUGUACAUCAAUUGGAGAGGUCCAGGAUGUGUGUAGCCUAGCUUAGCACAAAGACUGCAAGCAGGGGCAAAAUGCUAGCCUAACUCCUUCAAAAGAGAAAAAAUACUCAAACUCUUUUCUCUUUUGUUGACAGUAGAGUUAGGAAAGAGCUCCAGCCUAGCAACUCAAAAAUGAGGACUGGACUUUUGAUAUGCUAUGUGCAGUCACUGCACCCAGUUGUUGUUGGCCAACAAAUAGGGCCAACACUAAAUGCUGCUAAAACCAUAAUGUCUUCUUUCAUCAUUUCUAUAUGUACAGCUAUUCAAUAUUUUCAAACAUGUAAACCAGAUAGACCUGGAUUUGAUACUGAGUUUCAGGUUUCAACACAAACACGCUACUUGGAAUAUACAGGAAUGUUUAUUUGUGCUUUUGGUGAACUGACCAUAUAAGAUGAGCUGAGGAUGAGAAAAGUUCAUAGUUUUAUAAAUGUGAAUUUAAGAGUUGUAAUUAACAACAACCUGCACAUCUGCAUCCAUCUGAUCCAUGCUUGCCACCAUUCUUUCAUCACAAGAAGAUAACAUCUGCAUUGUUAAUCCCACCUUCAAAGCUCUGAUUGGUUGAUUGUUUCCCCAACUAACUAAAACAACCAUCAAAGAGAACUACAACAAAACUGACUGAAUCGGUGAACAAAUCAGAUGUGGGCAGAACUUCAGAGGUCAGGAAGCAGGAUAUUAUUUAGCAAUUGGAGGCCCCAAAAUUCUAAUGUAAAUACAAAUUAUUAAUACCAGGGAACAAUUCAUUAAAACAUUUAAAAAUAAAAAUUGAAAAAAUUCCCCAUAGCACACUGUACUCUGUAGUUUCCAACAACAAGCACAAAUUAGUUGACUGAGAUGAAGUCGACUCACCUGCUUUUUCAGUUCAUCAUGUUCUCUCUGUAAGUAUUAUUAAUAGUCUGGAAGAACAUGCUUCAUUUUUCAGUAUUAUAAUCAUGUGAAGGUGAAAAUAUAUGACACGUGGCCUUUUUUCUUUCGUCUUGUUCCUAGUGAUGCAAAUCAGUGAAGAGAUGGAAAACAAAAAAAUACCCUGUUAUCAGUGCCUGGGCUUUUUGUUAAAGCUUCCUUUGUCUAGUGCUCUUUUGCUAUGAGUAGACUUAGUGCACCCUAUUAUAAACCCCAUAUUUGACCUAAAUCAAUCAUUAAUUUAAAUUCAAAUAUAUUUGGCUUACUUUUUGGUAGGGGCAAUACUUUUAUACCGUAACUAUUGAGAAUAAUAAGUAAAGACAAAAUGCAAGCUUACUGUAUGACUGAAACAGAGUAACUACAAUAAAAUAUUCCACUUUGUAAUUUUAAAAUUAUUUUGUAAUAUUUUAUCUGACCUACGUGUUACUGAAGACGAGCCUGUGAGGCUUCUUGUGUGAUGGGUCAUGGUUAGAGGCCACGGUUGGGAACGUCCCAUCUCAGCAACAAAUAACGAAACAAAAUAUCAGAAAAAAAUUCAAAUAAUAAAAACUUACAAAAAUACAGCAGUUACAUUUUUCCCCCAGUGUGUGGCUGAGUGCCUCUUUAUUUCAUUGUAUUUUUUGGUGUACAUGUUCUUUUCUACACUUCCAUUUUCUUAAUUAUUUCUGGUUAAUGUUGUAUUCUUUAAAUUUGUUUUUUAUGUUAUAUAAUUAUUAUUGUCCUUAUGGUUGCUGUUAUUGUUGAUGUUGUUAUUAUUACACUUUGUUUUUAUUCCAGAUCAGUGGAGAUGUUGGGAAACAGGUUCUUUUUGAUUUCUGUGCUGAGGGUUUUAUUCUUCCUCGUACUAGCCCAACAGUUGCCUGUUGGUUCUCAUCUUGUAGUGAUUCAAUGAGGUUCAUGUUCAUGACCGUUCUGUAGCAAUAAAUGUGCCAUUUUUAUAAUGCA